AUGGUACCUCCCUACCUUCCGGCCAACUACGGCAUGUGUUGGCUGCGCAAGUCUGAAGCGCUGGCAGGACCGGUGGGACGUCGCCAAUCAGCAGUAAUCGGCCUCACAAACCCGCUGCGUGCCAAUCUGAACGUGAACCCAGUCUUUUCGGAGAUUUGGCACAUUCCGAAAGAGGGCUGGACCCGAGCUAAGCGCACCUCGGGACGUCCAAAGGCACCAAAGAGCGGUAAUGACGCAACUAUGGUUUUCCUGCAUUUUGCAGGCCUUGGAAAGGUGAAGCGUGAUUUGAUGGAGUGGUUCGCCUUGGCCUACUAUGGGCUGCUUCCACGCGUCCCCGACGGAAACAUCAGCCGCGCUGCUCUGUGCAGGUCUUCCGAAACCCCCGGCUCGAGAGAAGCCCUGUCUGCCGCUGCAGCAACAGCUGGCGCCCCGUGCUUCGCGCCUUGCGGGCCUCCACGACCAAUGCCUCGGGCGCUGGCCGGGGACCCGGCUGCAGCUGGCGCCGCGGUCACAGUUGCGCAGCAGGACGAGCUGGCCAUGGUCCGCAAGAACUAUCAAGCUUCGGAGGCGCAAAUUCCGGCCUUGAAGCAUCGCGAGCUGAUGUGCAGCAUGCUGAACUGCCCUGAUGUCAAGUGGAACUGGGAGGACCGUGCAGGCCUCUUCUUGACAGACCCAGCACUUCAGCAACUUCGAGAUGGCCAUCGUGAUGCUGCGCAAGCAGCAAAGCAGUGGGCAACGGCAGGCUUGCAGAAUGAGCUUGCAUUCUGGUUUUGGUGGUUGGAGAUCAACAAGGAAGGCCAGUGGGUCGCCAGCUCGAUCUCCGAGGAUUGGACAUACGAUGACUUCUGUGCCAUCGCACCACGCCCGACCGCCCGCCUGCUCAACGCAGGAAGUGGACCUGUGGCUCCAAAGGAUAUUCAUUGUGAGGGUGGGACGAUCGAAGUAAUCUCAGCAGACGGCUUGGCCGAUCUGUAUGAGCGCAUGUUCCUGAUGCUGGGCCUGUCACCUCCGAAAAAGCUAACGCAAUGUCCUCUGGAGGCGCUUAGCACAUGCUUCCCGGACCAUCAUUUUGAUUUGGUACAUGUUCGCAACGCCCUGGACCAUUCAUUGCAGCCAACGCGUGCCAUACGAGAGAUGCUCAAGGUGACACGACCUGGCGGCCGCGUUCUGCUUCGCCAUGCUAGGGACGAGGCUGCCCACAUGAACUUCACCGGCAUGCAUCAGUGGUCUUUUGAAGUGAACGACACACAGAUGCCUCAUCGGGCACAGCUGCUGUUUGGGAGGAAGAGACACCACGUAGAUUUGCAUACAGAGUUUCGGAAGGAUGCAUCUGUGUCCUCCUCCAUCGUGUCUUUGUCCUCCCCCGGCGCAACUUUAGACCGCAGAGCUUACAUCUUUGUAGAGCUCAGCAAGCCUACGUGA